AUUUGACUAAGGUCACCAUCGUGAAGUUCAUCUAAUCAAACCAACGCACCUCUUGUGGGUGACCAUGACUGAACCAAUUCCAGGACCACGCGCUCUUCCCCUUGUCGGUAAUUUGCUCGAUGUCUGGGAAGAUCGAGAUAUGCCCCUUAGGGCAAUUGAACGAAUGGCCGAUGUCUACGGGCCUAUCUACCAGAUCGACAUGAAAGGCCAACGCCGCAUUAUUUGCAGUUCUGCAGAUCUUGUGGAGGAACUCACAAACGAGAAGCGCUUUGUCAAAAUUCCACCUGCAUCAAUAGCAGACAGCCCGGGGCCCAAAGGACUAUUCGCAGCCAGAAAUGAAGAUCCUGAUUGGGAACAAGGACACAGGAUCCUCAUGCCCUCUUUUGCACCCUUGUCAGUGCAAGACAUGUUCACUGACAUGAAGGAUAUUGCCAGUCAAAUGAUCCUGUCAUGGGCAAGGAAAGGGCCAGAACAUAGAAUCCUUGCCACAGAGGACUUCACCAGACUGACGCUUGACACCAUCGCUCUCUGCACAAUGGGCUAUCGUUUCAACUCAUUUUACCAAGAUGCGAUGCAUCCUUUUGUCGAGGCCAUGAACACUGUUUUCGAGUAUAACACCGCCAAAGGAAGCCGGCCAGAAUUCGUCCAGAAGCUCAUGUGGAGAAAGAAUGCCGAGUUUGAACAGGCUCGAAAAGUCUUGCGAGACACCGGCAGAGCCAUCAUUCAGGGUCGCCGAGACAACCCUGUCGACAAGAAAGAUGUCCUGAACACCAUGAUCUACGGAAAAGAUCCCAAGACUGGGCAGAAUAUGCGUGAGGAAUUGAUUGUUGAACAGAUGACAACCUUUCUCAUCGCCGGGCAUGAGACAACCUCUGGUCUAUUGUCGUUUGCCCUGAUGUAUUUGCUUCUCAAUCCAGGUACUUAUCUGAAGGCCCAAGAGGAAGUCGACAAAGUUAUAGGUCAACGUGCGAUCGAGAUCAAGGACAUAAAUAAACUCACGUAUCUUACUGCUGUUCUACGCGAGACUAUUCGACUUAGCCCUACUGUCCCAGUCUUACAGAAGUCGGUCAAUCCUGCACUAGCGCAUGAGCACGUGCUAUUGGGGGGGAAAUACAAGAUCGAUCCCAGCGAUCAAAUUGUUGCCCUGAUGACAAAGGCUCAACGAGAUCCGAAGGUAUGGGGAGAGACGGCCGAAGACUUUGAUCCUGAGCGAAUGCUGGACGAGAACUUCGAUCGAGUCAGUACACAAUAUCCAGGAUGUUGGAAGCCAUUUGGCAAUGGCAAGAGGGCAUGCAUUGGUCGACCCUUCGCCUGGCAAGAGUCUUUGCUUGUUCUCGCAAUGGUACUGCAAGCAUUUGACGUCAAGUUUGACAACCCUCACUAUGUUCUCAAUAUCAAGCAAGCCCUGACUAUCAAACCGGACGAUCUAUACAUUCGAGUCAGCCCCCGUCGACAAAUGGACAGCACUCAGCUUGAUCGUCUCCUUCACAGUGAUGGGACCAAUGGAAAGGUGCAGAAGGGAAGCGAGGAGGGCACGACGGCAAAUGGUGCUUCAUCCCCAUCAAAAGCGCCAAUGACCGUCCUCUAUGGAUCCAACACUGGUACUUGCCAGGCUUUCGCUCAGCGACUUGCUUCCGAUGCGACAUCUCGUGGCUUUGUCGCCGAAGUCCGCGAUCUCGACAGUGCCACAAAUUCCCUGCCCAAGAAUACCCCCGUGGUCAUCAUUACAUCUUCUUAUGAAGGAGAACCUCCCGACAAUGCCACUCGCUUCUGCCAAUGGUUGAAGGAAAGUGGCCCAGGUAGUAUGGACAAGGUUCAGUAUACGGUCUUUGGAUGCGGUCACCGGGAUUGGAGCCAAACCUUUCAUCGCAUCCCAAAGCUCGUGGACGGGCUAAUGACAGAUCUGGGUGCCCAGAAGAUAGCACCUUUUGGUUCUGCAGACGCCGCGAAAGGAGAUAUGUACGGAGAUUUCGAGGAUUGGCUUGAUAAUUCGCUAUGGAAAAGUCUUUCCCCAGAUUCCUCCGCGGAACCGUUGAGCAGUAGCAUGGAUAUUGAGAUCUCCACGAAUGCUCGCGCAACCAAUUUGCGUUACGACGUCAGCCUGGCUAUCGUCAAGGCUAACUAUGUCCUUACCAAAGAAGGUGAACCAGUCAAAUGUCACAUGGAUAUUGAGCUUCCAUCAGACGCAGUAUAUCAAUGCGGGGACUACCUGGCGAUCUUGCCUCAAAACUCAGAAAAGAGCGUCAAACGCGUGAUGGCUCGAUUUGGACUGCCUUGGGAUGCUGUUGCCACUCUCACAACGAUGGGACCGUCGACUAUCCCAGUCAAUACUCCAAUAUCUGUGUUUGACAUUCUUCGCAGCUACGUCGAGUUGUCUCAACCAGCAACUAAACGAAUAUUGAAGACUUUCUCAGGCUACACAUCGUCCGAGGAAGACAAAGCCUUCCUCGACAAACUUGUGGAUGACAACAACCUGUUUGAGCUUGAGAUCACUAAGAAGCGAACAAGUCCCCUCGACAUACUGUUCCAGCGAUCCUCGAUCAAAAUUCCUUUUGGGCAGUUCCUUGGGUUUCUACCACCCCUUCAAGUUCGUCAAUAUUCGAUCUCCUCUUCACCUCUUGAGAAUCCAAACAGAUGCUCAAUCACGUAUGGGGUGAUUGACACACGUUCAUUCUCUGACCCAGCUCAUCGCUUCGAGGGUGUGACUGGAAACUACCUCCGCAAUCUCCAGGACGGUGACAUGAUUUCAGUCAGUGUUCGACCAACAGCGAAGAAGACAUUCCGACUUCCCGCCGACGCCGAACAGACUCCAUUGCUGAUGUUUGCGGCUGGGACUGGCCUCGCUCCUUUCCGUGGUUUCCUGCAGGAGCGGUCAAUUCAGCUGCUAGCAAAUCCAAAUCGUCCACUGGCUCCAGCACUUCUCUUCCUUGGGUGCCGAAGUCAAACUGGCGACAGACUCUAUGCCGAGGAGGUAGACUCCUGGGUUGCCAGUGGAGUGGCUACAGUCAAAUACGCGUUCAGCAAGGAGAGUAACGCAUCCGAAGGUUGUGCUCACGUUCCAGAUCGUAUGAUCCACGACGGUGACGAAAUAUUGAAGCUUUGGAGGAGCGGCGCACGAGUCUACGUAUGUGGAACCAGAAGGUUUGCGGAAGGCAUACGCGAAGCGGCAAAAAAGAUCGCUCUAGACGUUCGCAAGAAAGAAAAUGGUGGCGUCGGGGAGAGGAAGGAUGAGCUGGAGAAACUCUUCCAGGCAGCAAUGCAAGCAAGAGUCGCCAGCGACGUCUUUGACUAGGGUAAUAUGGGUGUUGCUUGAGAGCCAAGCAAGACUGAGGCUGAGCCAGUAGUAAUCUCUGGUUUUAUUCAUAUGAUUUGAAGGUAAUCGUAACAUGAUAAUAUUAGGAAGUCCAUUCGAGGUGUCCCG